UGCUAGGCGAUACUUUACUUCAGCUUAAAGCAGAAUCACCUGCAUCUUUCUCUCGGUCGCCAUCUCUUUAUUACUUUCAUUUAUAGAACUCGAAAUUCAUUCGCUACUCGCCAGCGCCCCUCAGAAUUACCUGCAUAUAACUUGGAUAUUGACAUACAUAACAUUCCGCGGCAUUUACGACGUCAGAUUGUGAUACACACCAACAACCCCAGAAACCGAAUAUGAAGGUUACUACCGCUCUCUUUUUUGGUUUCAUCACCACUCCAAUUCUGGCCUAUCCCGGCAUGGGUAGUGCUAUGGCGGAGAUACAGACUCGUCAUGACUUUGCCCUAGGACGCAGGUCCACGGAGCUACUUGGCGAUCUGAUUAACGCCGACCAGGGUUCCUUGACGCCAUCUGGAACAACCAUCAAGUCUAUUCUGGAAGGUGGAAGUGCCAUUGCGGACAGUAGCACAUACACACCUCCCGGGGAACUUGCAUCUGACACAUGCAAGAAAUCUGUUUUGUGCGUCUGGUACUAUAUCAUCCAAGACUUAAGCGGCUCGUUUACGGAAAGUGAUGGCUGCACGGAUCUAGCCCGGGGCGCCAUCCGCCAGGGAUUCCAUGACGCGGCAACCUGGGAUAAGAACUCGGCUUACGGGGGUGCAGAUGGAUCUCUACUCCUCAAUGACGAUGAGCUUGCUCGUUCAGAAAACAAAGGUCUCGAGACUAUCAGCGCCCAGACUAAGACGUGGUACAAUAAGUACAAGGGCUACGGAAUAACCAUGGCCGACUUGAUACAGACCGCUGCGAUGACCGCCACUGUAUGCUGCCCUGGAGGACCGCGCAUCAAAUCUUUCAUCGGCAGGAAGGAUGAUAGUCGAGCUGGCCCUACCGACAAACUUCCACUACCCCAACAAGAUGCGCAGUACUUGAUCGACCUUUUUGCCGCGAAGACAUUCACUUCUAAUGAUCUAGUCGCCCUCAUCGGCGCCCACACGGUAUCUACACAGAAAUUUGUCGAUACUAGCCGAAGCGGCGCAUCGCAGGACACAACCCCUAGUGUCUGGGAUACGAAAUUUUACAGUGAGACAAUUGCCGGCGAUAAUAAAACCAUCUUGAUCUUCCACAGCGACAAGAGCAUCUCUACAUAUUCUUCUACUAAGGAUCAGUUUAAUACUUUCGCUGGUUCGAACGGCAAGUCUCUUUGGUCUCCUGCAUACGCCCAAGCAUACUUUCGCAUGAGCUUCCUAGGAGUUAAUAAUCUGAACAACCUCACUGAGAUUACGCAAGUCCUUCCUUUGCCCAAAUAGGGGUGAUCGGAUAUUGGGAUUGGGUUGUUAUAGGGAUAUCACGUUUAUUAGAACGUACUAUGGAGUUUAUGUAUAAAUCAGAGGUCC